AUGGAAGGAAUAGAAGAACAACGUGUGCGCGAAGGUAGAACAUCCGUCAAGGAUAACGAACGACCCGGUAGACUAUCGACCAGUAAAACAAAUGAAACUGUUGCUCGUGUUCGAGAAAUUAUUCGAAAUAAUCGUCGAUUAACUAUUAAAGAAGUAAUAGAAGACGUCGGUAUAUCUUAUGAUUCGUGCCAAGAAAUAUUAACAAAAGAAUUGGGAAUGAGCCGAAUCGCAGCCAAAUUUGUUCCUCGCCUCUUAACCAAUGAACAAAAACAAAAUCGAAAGACCAUUAAACCACUCAAAACAUGUUGUCCGAGACAGAACAUCAUCUCCAAAAGCUUGCUGCAAAAGUUCAAAAGUUUCACUCGAACUUUUUCCUAA